AUGGUUCAGCUGUUCUUCAAGAACGCCGCGAUUAACCUUUUAAUGGCAUUGUCCACUAUUUACUAA